CCCUCAUCGCCAUGGAGGGAUGUGUUCUCUACCUACUGGCUGUGUUUGGGUUCUGUUUCCCAGCCGUUUCUCACAGCCAAAUAUACACUCUGAUCACCCCUAACGUCCUGCGGGUGGAGAGCGAAAAAAAGGUCGUGGUGGAAGCCCAUGGCCUCACCACUCCAACCGAGGUGACAAUCACCGUACAAGACUUCCCUCUGAAGAGGCUCGUUUUAUACCAAGUCAAAACCAACCUGAACUCUGACAAUGGAAUGAUGGGCACUGCCAUAAUAAAGGUUCCUACCAAAGACAUAAAGAAAGAUGUCAAACAGUAUGUGGCUGUCCAAGCCAGAAGCCCACAAUUCAACUUGGAGAAAGUGGUUCUGGUCACCUUCCACAGUGGCUACAUCUUCAUCCAGACAGAUAAAACCAUCUUCACACCUGGAUCUACGGACUGUGCAGUGACACCCUCCCCACCCCAGGACUAUGGAGCCUUUGGAGCAGAAAGAUCCUAGGAGCUAAGGAUGAAUCCAGGGGCGAGUAGCUGGCAGGAAGGAGUCCUAGCAACUCUUCUGGGAGUGCAGGGGAGGAAUGACUCCCCCUUCUCUACAUUCUCCCCAUGGGGCUCUGC